GCACCAAAGCCAAUAAAUACCCCGGACUAAUACCUCGACGGACUUGUCCAUGAUCUUAUACUAAUUCCUUUAUAAUCUUGUCGAAACCUUCCUUGCCUUUGGGAUGCCAAUUGGUACAGGUCCCCGAAAUAGAAUCGCUUAUGUAAACCUGCCACUGCGGCCUCGCUAUGCACGGAUAACCCCGGAACCUUUAGAAAAAGGUAUCUUGAUUUUUUGAGCUUCCAACUUUGCCAAGUUUUUGGGGCGUGUCAAUGCUUUGGGCCUGGUAACAAAACACCAUGCCUCCACUUUCCCUGCAAUGACGUACGAAUAUCAGCAAGUGGUGGGCAACCCUCACGACUUUGCAAGCAAUCAGCAAUUGAAGCAAUCUCUGCCUGCAUAGCGCACAUCUCGAUGAACUACGCGGACGGCGUCGACUCCACGAGCGAAGAGGUCCAGGUCGACCCGGACGGCGACCUCGUCCUCCGCGCCGGCCAGCAGACCGGGUUGCCCGAGCGGUCGUUCCGCGUCUGCGCCAACGCGCUGCGGCGCUCGUCGCAGGUCUGGAAGAAGAUGCUCUUCGGCCCGUUCAAGGAGUCCAAGCCGGCCUUCGGCACCUGGCUCGUCCACCUGCCGGACGACGACCCCGACGCUCUGGAGAUCGUCCUGAACAUCAUACACGCAAACUUCCCCCUGGUGCCCGCUACGCCCGGCCUGGCCGAGCUGUACGAGAUCUUCCAGAUGGCCAACAAGUACGACAUGGUCCCGGCGCUCAAGCCGUGGGCCAACGCGUGGCUGGACGUCGCCGAGAGCUGCGCCGCCGUGACGGACGGCGAGAGCAUGGCCGCGCUGACGUACGUCGCGUGGGAGCUGGGCCAGGUCGAGCUGCACAGGAAGAUGAUGAAGGAGCUGUUGCUGUACUCGUCCAUCGACGGAGACGGCCGGAUGGUCACCGCUGACGGCGUGGUGCUGGACGACUUUGACCCUAUCGGUCCUCCGGGAUUACUCGGUUUCCUGCGCAAGCAGCACCAAGAGGUCUUCAACGCGCUUCCGUCGCAGCUCAACGACGUGAUCGCCGAGUUGACGACGGGACCGGGCUGCUGCGUCGACAAGAAAGCGUCCUCCGACGAGAGGGCCGAUUGCAACGACAUCAUCCUCGGCAGCCUCGUCAGGGGCAUGGCGAAGACGAGAGGUUCCAUUUCCCUGACAAUGUCGGGGCGCGAGGGCGAGAGCGUGGCGAUGUUCGCCGGCACAAUCAGAGCCAUCGCCGAGGGCAUCUCGACCCACGAAGAGCACGGCGCCAAAUGUAACCCGGCGCCGAGGAUCGUCGCCGCGCUCAACAGGUUUACGCGCGGCCGGGUUGUGAAGUUGACCAAGAUAAGCGUGGGAAAGAUGGAAGCGAGACGGGAAGAGCUGGGGUUGGACAAGCCACGUUCACACAAGGCAAGCGAAUAGAAUGCCGUUACUAAUAGCGAAAACUUCACUGGUACGGAUUUUGUAUAGAAAAGAUUAAAGUGUAAGAUAUCAUAUUUCAGGAGUAUCCAAAGUAACUAGCUUAAUAAAUCAGCCAAAGCAA